GGAAAAACCACGUCUCGUGUGUAUCUGUGCCUCCCACCUGCUGUAAAAGCAUUGUUCUCUCAUUGUUCUCACCACAAAUACAUGGCGAAGCCGAACCGAACCCGUCUUUAUCCGCUGUUUACUCUCUUGGAGACAUUUCAGAGCCUCUCUGCCUGGUUCAGCUGGGGAGCUGUGAGGGGGCGGGGGAUGGCCCAAGGCCGCGCUCCAGGUGCGGAUGGGAAGGGGCCGCAAGGCAGGCGCCCGUCAGGGGCGAGGGAAGCCCGGCCCCGCCCCGGGGGUAUUUAAGGCCAAGGCUCGGGGCUUGCCCCGGGUCCGGAGUGAUGGCCGAGGAGGCGAUGGCGAGCUAUCUCUACACCGCCUACCACCCCUACUCCUACCGCUACCCACCGCCCAAAGGCAAGGGAGGGGCGGCGGGCGGCUGGCGGCCGCGGGGCAGCAGCUACUUCUCGGGCUACGGGGAGACGGCCGCCGAGUACUUCGACAACUACCAGCGGGCGCAGCUGAGGGCCAUCCUCUCCCAGGUCAACCCCAACCUGACGCCGCGGCUCCGCAAGGCCAACACCAAGGAGGUGGGCGUCCAGGUGAACCCGCGGCAGGACGCCUCGGUGCAGUGCUCGCUCGGGCCCCGCACGCUGCUGCGCCGCCGCUCCGGCCCCGCCGCGCCGCGGGCCCGUGAGGCGGAGCAGGAGCUGGGCAGCCCCGCCACCACCAGCACCCGCGCCGUGCGCUUCCCCCGCACCAUCGCCGUCUACUCGCCCGUGGCGUCCCGCAGACUCACCGCCUUCCUGGAGGAGCUGAGCCCGGGGCCGGAGCGGCGGCCGCAGCAGCAGGACAAGGCGGCGGCCGUCGAGGAGGAGCCGGCCGAGCAGCGGGCGGCGGAGGCGGCUGCCGUGAGGGCGAGCUGGGAGAAGCCCCCUGCGGGUGGCGCCGAGCCGCUGGAGCAGCGCCCGGCAGAGCCACUCGGGCAGCACCCGGCCGCCCCCCCGGAGCCGGCGACGGAGCCAAGGCAGGAGGAGGCGGCAGAGGCGGUCGAGGCAGAGCCACCAGCCCAGCCGGCAGAGCCGCCCGCCUCACCCCAGAAGCGGCAGUCGUCGGCGGCCAAGACCCGCCUGCGCUUCCAGUUCCUGGAGCAGAAGUACGGGUACUACCACUGCAAGGCCUGCAACAUCCGCUGGGAAAGCGCCUACGUCUGGUGCGUCCAGGGCACCAACAAGGUCUAUUUCCGCCAGUUCUGCCGGACCUGCCAGAAGUCCUACAACCCGUACCGCGUGGAGGACAUCAUCUGCCAGAGCUGCAAGCAGACGUGGUGUACCUGCCCCGUGAAGAUGCGCCACGUGGAUCCCAAGAGGCCCCACCGCCAGGACCUCUGUGGGAGAUGCAAAGGGAAACGCCUCUCCUGCAAUAGCACAUUCAGCUUCAAAUACAUCAUCUGAAUGGGAUGGGGAUUUUUGUUUUCGUUUAGGGCUCUUCAAGGAAACUGCAAGUAGAGCAGAUUUUUUUUUUUUUAAUGGUAUUGUUGAAGGUACUUGGUGAGAAGUAGCUAGGAAAGCAUGAAAAUAAAAGUAUUGCAAAGCAUACUCAAAUGAUCAGGUGGGUUUGUGCCCAGCUCAGAGGGGUGCACAUUGUAAAUUCUGUAACUUGCAUAGGUGACAAGCCUAGAGGUGUAUUGUAAAUCAGUGAUGGUCUUGGAAGGAACUGACUCAGGACUUAGUAGACUCUCAGGUGGAAAGGGUUUCUGUUACUGCUCCUGCUCUUGAACUAAUCAAAUGCUUGAAGUUAACAUCAAACUUGCCAUCUGCAGGAGGUAGUAGACCACCCUUCAUGAACAAAACAUUAGUAGUAUUCACUUACUUUGCACACCUCUAUUCGAUAUACAAAGUAUUCUGCACCUGUUUUCCAUCACUAGAAAAUGAUUGAGAAAUGCUGUGUAAGGACUGAAUCACUUCUACUGGUACAGCUGGUCUGCAUUUAGCUAAACUGGUGUUGUCUGUAGGCAAAAGCCAAAGAAAGCUUUUUGGGAUAGUUCUCACAAAAUGCUGAGGAACAGUCACUGAUGUUAUGGUGAUGACCUCUUGGUAAAUGUGUCACUCAUCUUACUUGCACAAGGUUAUGGAGAGAAGGGACACUUAAGAGGAGCAAGGUACAAUAAUGCUGCAUCUACUUGGCUUCCUUUCCAAUCUGCAGGUAAAGUGCAAGAGCUAUGCACUUAGCAGAUUACUUGAAGGAGUUUGAUCUAAUUAGUUUAGAUGCCUGCCAUCAGAAGGAUUGUACUUGUGGUGUUUGGUAGUACUGGCAGAACCAACACUGGUUACUUGCAGAUGAUGCUCUCCGUGGUGGUAUCCUCUACAGGAGCACCAUGCUUCAGCCAAGUGUUACAAGCUGACUCUGUGACUAACAGCAUCACCAUCUGAGCAGAUUCACAAGCCAGUAAAACAUACACCACUGCCUUUUAGCUAGGGAGCUGGGUAAACACAGAUAAAAACUACUUCUGAGAAUGCUACUGCCACUGUUAAUUUUUAAAUUAAGCAUAGUUAUCAAGCUUUUUGCAGAACUCUUGAGGUAGCUUCUCUUGGAAAAGAGUGGUUUUUAUAUUUGCUAUAGCAAACCUAUCUAUAUCUGUACCCAGCUUGAGAGACCAGUCUAUUAAAGGCUAAAGGGAGAACCAGUCUGAGCCCAUGCUGUAGAACACCUUCAGCACCAGGUGGUCUUGUUUCUUUAAGGGGAAGCUAGUGUGUUUCAGGGUAGGCAGACACUGUCCUUUGUAUCAACAUGUCUUGUUUGAGGGGCAGUGAGUGUUAAUUCUAUAUGCUUAACUCAUCUUGCCAUAAAUUCCUGCCUUAUUUCAGUGUGCCCCCUGAACCUGCUGCAGUGGGCUUAAUGCCUCAGUGUCAAUUUACUGCCAAGCAAUUUUAUUUAUUCUUGCUGCAUUCAUUACUACAGCAAUGUGAAGCAUUCUGGGAACAAGUAUACUUGCUCCCUCCAGAGCAGAACACAGUUCUGUUUCAUCCUUCCACCUGAAGUGUUUUUCCAUGUAUCACAGUAAAAGGAAAUACCCCUUGCUUAACCAGCUUGCUCAGACUUUCACAGCAAAUUCCAUCCUUGGCCUGCUCAAUUUGCAAAGUACCCUGCAGCUGGGCAGUGUUCUGUUACAGAUGCAUGUGCCUUGUACUCACCUGGAGUUACUGUCAUGAGCAGUGGCAAGCCUCCAGCUUGAGGAAAGCACCCGGGCCCUCUCUGAAGCAACCUGGCCCUACUGCCUCAGUUUGCAGUUGCAGCUGUGAUCUGGUGUGUCUUUAUUUCUGAGCAUACUCUCCUCCAAGGAAGUUCUCCAAUGUUUUCCUGUUUGCCUUCCCCAUUCUAGUGGCUGUAGUCUGUUCCUGAUGUAUGCAUUGAGAAACUGUGAUGAGUCUGUGCACCUUGGUAAUGAGUCAGAGAACUGAAGCUCUGUGCCAUGUCAGUUUGAAGUCAUGGCAAUAUGAGCAGCUGAAUGCUUCCUAUUUAUACAGCAUCCUCACAGAACAUUGCUGUGAGGAUUACUUGGUGUGAAUAUAGUGAGUCUUACAUGAUUAGCAGUACCAGCCCAAAGUGAAAUCUAGUACGACUUAAGGGUUGUCAUUCCCACUAACUACAGUCAAAUCAGCAGCUGGUUCUGCAGAACAAAAUGUAGAGCAGCUUAGCUGAUGUGCCCUGUGUGUUGUGCCUCACCAGCAGUUGAUGAAGGCUCCAUGUGGCAGGUAGCAGCAAGGAGACAACCCCUGCUUUCAUCAGCUAUCACAAGGCUCUGUGGCUUGGAGGAGUACAAGGCCCUAGGCAGUGAUAUUAAACAAGCUUUCCUUAAGCCUGCAGCAUUCUUCAGUUCUAGAGCAGCUCUGCAUUUCAUCCCUCUUACAUAAAUAUGUUCAGUGCUUCUAUUGCUUGAUGCCAAAGUACAAUUCUAUACUUUCUAGUUGCUUUUCAGCUUUACUGUCAUAUCCAUGUCAUCACUCACUGAUUGUGGGCACUGGUUCCUAGACUCAGCAGGAAGAAGGAAAGCUACUCCUGACCUACUGUAAUUAUGCAAAAAGGAAGGGAUCAGCUUUCAUGGUGCCAGUUCCUCAAAGCUAUCCUGCACUUGCACUGUAUGGAUUUUUCAUAAAGAGAUUCUUUUGCAUGCUAGCUCAGUCAGUGCUGUGUCUUACAGAUGGCUGAUGUUUUGCUUCUUUCUAGCCAGCUUCACCAUAGCUUUGCAUUCAGCACAGACCUGGCACCAGGUAACGCAGGUGACAGCUCAUGCAGUAGUUGAGUGAUUUUUGGAAAGCUGAAUGAAAUUAAAGCAAUAUCAAAAGGCAGCUAACAUAAUUCUAUUCCAUAGUGCAGGUUUCACUAGCCAUUAUAAAUGGAGGAAGAUGUAUAACACAAUAAAUUACAUAUAUGAAUUCAGGUUUGAGUUUCAUGAGAAAUGCAUUAACAGCUUCAGAAGAUGCCCAGAAAAAUGCUGCUGUAAUGACAGGACAUAAAAGGAAAAAGAUUACUUCAGGGCACCCAGGCCUCUGUUGUCAGUGUUUGGUCUGUUAGCUAAAGUAUUUAAACUCUAGCUUGUAAAAAUACACAAAAUGAGAGAUACAGUGUCUUUUAUUUUUACAAAAAAAAAGCUGGUAAAAGAUGAUGUAAAUAAAAGUGUAAUGCACCCCUAAACAAAACUACCUCUCCCCUGUAAAUACUAGUUAAGUAAUUAAGAACACCAUCUACAGUACCACAAAACCAUCAAAAUAAUUCAAUUUUAUCAGGGACAGGGAAAAAAUACAGUGGAUAUGAAUGUGCCUUGACCAGUUACAGAAUUUGUUAGGAUAACAUAACUACUGUCAGCAGUCCAACAGCAUGCACAGUGCCUUCAAUUAAUGCAUUUCAGCGUAAUUGCAUUUCUAGUGGGGCCUAAUUUCCCCAAAAAAGGCAGAGCUAAGAAUUUCAGUUCUACAUUCUAAACUCUGGAAGGAGAGCCCAUUAAAAAAAAAUCACAGUGGGUAAGAGAUGUAUAUAAAAAUACUGGGUGUUCCUUUCAAAUCACAGGAAUUGUGGGACUACAAUCUUAUUUUCUUUUUUUUUUUUUUUUUUUCUUUUUUUUUU